GCAAAGUUUAAAUUGUCCAUAAGUAAUAAGUAAACCAUAUAUGAAGAUAAUAAAGAAGAUAUGGUUUUGGUUGCUAUGAGAAGCUCUAACAUGGCAGCAAAACAGUUGGAGAUUUUUGAAGUUGGACCCUGCAAAAAUGCAUACCAAACCGGUUUCUUGAUAGGCCAAAAAUUUUCUGAUAAGAUAAGAAACAGAAUAUCCACAGAUCUCAUUCUUCAAAAUCAACUCCGUCCAUUUGCUAAAUCUUUAGAGUCGAAACAGUUGAUCGAAGCUCUCACUGAGAACAACCGGAACAAAUUUCCGGGGUACUGGGAUGAGCUUUUAGGAACUGCUGAUGGAAGUGGAGUGCCUGUUCUUGAUAUGAUAUUAAUCAAUUUCCGGAAGGAGAUUCUACCGUUUCUUCCGAACACCGGAACAGAUUCGAAGGUCGAAACUUCUGACGAUUGUUCCGAUGUUCUUGUUGUUAGCGAUGACAUGGCACUUGCAGCACAUAAUGAGGACGCAAAUGUUGCUCUAGUUGGACAUACAUAUAUAAUCAAGGGAAAUAUGUCAAACGGGCAAUCAUUCAUUGGUUAUACAUAUGCAGGAGAACUUCCUAGCUGUGCUUUUGGGUUCAACACUCAUGGAAUGGCAUUUACACUCAAUUCAGUGCCACCAACUACAGACGAGAUUAUGGCCGGAGGAAUUGGGAGGAACUUUAUCUCACGGGACCUACUCGAAGCUACGAGCAUCGAUGAUGCGUUGACUAGAAUACAUUCAUCUGAAGUUUCUGUAGGGCACAGUUACAAUCUCAUAGACAUAAGGACAAGGAAAAUUUUAAAUGUUGAAACUGCAUCAAGAAACCGAGUUUCAGUUCAUGAAGUCGGUGCAUCACCGUUCUUCCAUGCCAACAUGUAUCUCCACCUUCAAGUUCAACAGGUACAAGAUGACAAUUCAACUAGCAGGCAAGAAAGAGCAAAUGUGCUACCAAAACAAUCUAAAAAGGAUUUCUUGUCAAUUCUUGGAGAUAUGCAUGACAAACAAUACCCAAUUUACAUGACAGGUCCAACGCUAUACACCCUCUGCACAGCUUUAAUAGAUCUGGAUGACCAAACACUAUCAAUUAUUGAGGGAAAUCCAACGAAAGGAGAGGUUUCCUAUGUUUUCUCAAUGUCUGCGAAAGAGUAGACAGUACAUACCACCACGAGAUGUCAUUGAAAAUGUCUUGUAUCUCGAGGCCUUAUGCAGGCUCAUAGAGGCCUAGUACAUGGCCAUCUAAGCAGCGAAUGGCCGCAACCUGAUACGAACAAUUGAAUGACACUGUUAAAAAUGUUGCAAGUUCUUACGAAAGAUAGGAACAAUCGAAUGAAUGAAUUUUUUACCUUUCCAUGGUAUUCAUA